CCAUUUGAACUUGGAAAACCGCAGCAAAGUAACAGCAGAGAAAUUUCUUCAAACCAUUCUCAGCUGUACGCCAUCAACACAAACAAGAUCCACCGCCGCCGCCGCCGCCGUCGCGACAAUCCGGUUCAUUGGAGCCUAAGGCCGCACAGAGGAUUUUAGUUAUAUAAGGUACAUAUCGAAUCCAUUAUCUUCCAAUGGCAACGGCGACUUACCCACCGCCGCCGCCGUACUACCGACUGUACAAGGAGUAUUCAAAGGAUCCUGACUCCGCCCCGGCGCCGCCGCCCCCGAUUCAAGGUCCAUAUGUACUCUAUGGCGCCAGUUACACGACUGAUGAUGUACUUCCUGGUCUAGAAGAGCAAGGUGUUCGUCAACUGUAUCCUAAAGGACCGAAUAUUGAUUUCAAGAAGGAGCUGAGAUCACUUAACCGUGAAUUGCAACUACAUUUGUUGGAGCUUGCUGAUGUUCUUGUGGAGAAGCCGUCACAAUAUGCUAGGAGAGUAGAAGAUAUCUCGCUUAUUUUCAAGAACUUGCAUCACCUGCUCAACUCAUUGCGCCCACACCAGGCUAGAGCUACACUCAUCCAUAUUUUGGAACUCCAGAUACAACGGCGCAAGCAAGCUGUCGAGGACAUUAAAAGGAGACGAGAAGAAGCUCAAAAACUUCUCAACGAGGCCCUUGGAACACUUGAUGGACAGUAGAGUCCGAUCGAAGAGUGAGUCAUUUGAACAUACUCUUGGAACCCAACAUAGGUGACAAACGAGCGAGGCAGAGAUGGAUAUCUAUACUUGCGGAUCAUUAGCAGCAUUUUGCCCAAAGGUGCGUCGCAUUUCAUUAAGUUUCUCUAUUAUCGUAGUUUUACUUGUAGUUGGCCUUUUACUGCUUAAAAACUUGCCAUGUUUUCAAGUGGUAAAGUUCCCCGCAUUCGACCUAUUCGAAAGAUGCGAUUCAAUCUAAUGUUAUCCGGGUUUGGAUCGGAAAUAUUUGACUUGUGUUUUGUAUUUAAAUACAUUUAAUAUGGUAUAUUAUUAAAAGUGUACUCUUUCGUUUUAAUAAAACAAUU